UCACACUGUACCAAAAUGGCGGCCCGCGGGCAGCGUUUCGAGCUAGAUCUCGACGCAGAUGACUUUGCGGUGAAUAUCUUGAAUGGCACUGACGGUGUAGCCAGCUCCGAACCCCCAACUCCUUUCAUCAAAGAGAUUCAAGAGCACGACAUCGAUAGCCCUCCUCCGGCCCCUUCCUUCAAAUCACACAGAUCUGGGUUUCCUGAACACAAGCCUCGUCCAAAGGUAUCUUCAUUUAAGCAGAGGCAGCAGGCAUCAAGUCAAUCCUCAAAUCCCUUCCCAGCUGGAUCGAGAGAACCUUCCGAUCGGGCCAUCAUCAACCAUCUAGGCAAGAAAUAUGGCCAUGCUCCAGAGUCGAGAGAAAAGGCGGAGAUAUCUGAAGAAAACAACAGGCGGAUAGCUCAGAUGUCUGUAGAGGAGAUUGAACAAGCACGGGCUGAAUUGAUGGCCAAUCUAAAUCCUAUGUUUGUCGACCGCCUGCUCAAGAAAGCCAACCUAGACGACGAGUCUACAAACCAGGCACAAUGGCCGGGAGAUGAGCAUGACUCGAAACCGUCAUCGUCGUCUCCCGCGGAAAACAACAGUGGUGAGGCAGAAUCAAGGCAGACGCACUUGACCACUUCAGAUGUGGAAGAACCCCCAACUGCGAUGUCAUCGGUUCAUUUCCCCCACCCUCCUCGAUCUGCAGAUGACUACGUACCCUUGAAUACGAAUGACAACUCGUUCCUUUCUGAUCUCAAGACUCAUUACUUCCCCGAACUUUCCCACGAUCCAGCCUCGUUGUCUUGGAUGCAAGACCCCACCGAAGAAGAAAAUGCAGAAUCCCUAUACAACCCUAGCAAAGAAUCCUUCCUUCCUUCGGCGCUGCGAUUCGGUUUCAAUGGCCGCCUGAUCGCACCCAAGGAAAGUUUGGAAAUUGAUGUAAAGAAAGGACUACACCACCACGGCGAUGCACCAAGUAGUGCAGGAUACACCAUUCCUGAGCUGUCACUCCUGGCACGAUCAACUCUACCCAACCAGCGAUGUCUAGCCUAUCAGGUCCUCGGCCGGAUCCUCUAUCGGCUGGGACAAGGUGGUUUCGGGCCACGAGGAGGUGAGUUACAAGAGGCUAUGUGGUCCGUUAUCGAACGAGAGAAGCCGAUUGAGGUCAUGAUGAGUGAGGCCAACCGCCUGUCUGGACAUUCUAGCGCCAAAUCACACGCAACUGAAGCGCUGUGGUUGUGGAAAAAAGGUGGAGGUGGCGACCGCGGCAUACUCAAACCCGGCCAAAACCUAGCAAAGUAAUGAUAGAGGGAGAGACAUUUGCUGGAGUUUUGAAGAAACCCUGAAAGGCAUAGUCUGUGCCGAUUGUUUCUAUUAGGAGUAAGUAGUCAAAUGGCGCUGGUCCAGAACCGCCGCCCCAGCUACAUAGGGGAAGAUUGACACGAAUGACGAUAAUUAUA